CUAGCGCUCUCGCCCCUCGCCGUGACGCUCGUGUCUCAGACCGCAGCUAGUCGUCGACCACAGUGGUUCUAACAGCGAUACUGGAUUGACGCGAUCAGUGAACUUUCACAAUAUAUUUUUAUUUUAUUGUUGAGUGAUUAAUGACUGUUUUAUUGUACAUUUAGUGUUGUGAUUUUGAUUUCGUGGGAUUUCCUUGUACUUUCUGUGAGUCCCCAAUGGUUGUUUUGGAGAGCGGUGGAAUCAUGAACUCGGGCAGUAACCAGUACCUGCAGCCCGACUACCUUUCUCCGCUUCCGACCACGUUGGAUGCCAAGAAGAGUCCUCUGGCGUUGUUGGCGCAGACAUGCAGUCAGAUCGGUGCCGACUCGCCGCCCUCGAAGCCGCUGCUCUCGGCGCUCGAGAAACCCAAGAAGACGUCGGGAGUGACAGAUCGCACCAGCCCUGCCAGUGCCAGCAAGACCUCCGAACAGACCAAGUCCCAGGAGCCGCGACUGGCUUUCAAGCCCUACGAGAACAACGUACUGACUCGCAAGAGUGAGACACCACGGCCCUCCUCCAAGAGUCACGAGUCAUCCGAGGAGAAGAGGAAGACUCCGAGCAGAAAGUCUGCGAGCCCGAGUCAGAACGAUAAGUCCUCCCCGGCACCGGCACAAGAGUCAAAGUCAGUGUCACCCGCCAACAGCGGUGCCAGUCCCAUCAUCCGGUCCGGCUUGGAGAUCCUACAAGGACACCCCAAGGACAUGCCGUUGGGCACCUUCAAACCUCCUAGCCUCACGUCUCUCUCUAGUCUCGGGUCUUGCUGCCCUCCCGGCUUGGAAGCCACAAACCCCGCUUUCCGCCCACCUUUCGCCGGUGGCCCGUUCUCUCCACACCACGCCGCCAUGUUGGCAGGAUACCCCUCAGCGCCGGGCCCCUACGUCAGCUUCGCUCGCGUCAAGACUGCAGCAGGCGGAGAAGCCUUAGUGCCCGUCUGUAAGGAUCCUUACUGCACCAACUGCCAGCUGAGUAUGCACAGCGCACUCCUCACCGGCGGCACGUGUCCCAGUGGGUGCACACAGUGUGACCACCAGAAGUACAACCUCGCUGCGGCCGCCGCCUUAUCAGGCCUGGUGCCGCCACCACAUCCCCUUUCCUACCAGUUGGGAAGACCCUACAUCUGUAAUUGGAUCGCGGGCGAAACCUACUGUGGCAAGAGAUUCACUACUUCAGAAGAGCUCCUCCAGCACUUGCGUACCCACACAGCCUCCGCCGAGACGACGGCCUCCCUGCUGAACCCUCUUCGCUACCCGAACCCUCCCCUCAGCCCACUCUCCGCCGCCCGCUACCACCCGUACUCCAAGCCCGGCCUGCCCGCGUCUCUGGCAGCUUCCCCCUUCAGCGCCUUUAACCCCACUUUGGGCCCGUACUACUCACCUUACGCCCUCUACGGCCAGAGGUUGGGUGCUGCCGCCGUCCACCCCUAACUGUAAUAGUGCUCAGCGACUCUGUGAUACCAUACUGUACAGUGCUGUUCCCCAAAGAUACCAGACAGUAGAUUGUGUUGUGGUUGCUAACUUCGUGCUGUUGUGUUACUCUCUCAAUACUCGUCUCGAAUUGGGUUUGUUCUUGUAUAUUAUUGUAAAUAUUAUAAACAUUUAUCUAAACUGUUGAGUUCUAUCGUCUGCUUUAUUAAAUGAAAAUGUUGUUUUGAAA